GCGGGGCCUCCGGACGGGGCAGGAACCGGACCGGGCCGCGGAGCCGCCGGCCGAUGCCGCGGCGCAGGGAGGUACCGGCGCUGGUCCGGCUGUGCCUGCAGAACCUGGCACAGCACAUGCAGAGCCUCUGGCUGAGGGACUACAGCGACAACUACCUGGAUGAGUUCCAGUUCCGCUUCAUCAUGGGCCCAUUCAAUGACCUCCCCGGGAACACGGUGCAGGAGCUGCUGCGGGUGCUGGCCCAGAGCCGGCGGCUCUCCCGGGCAGCUCUGCACCUACUGCUGCUGCCACAGCUGCGGGAGCUCAGCCUCAGCCCCUGCCCCAGCCUGGCCAGCAAUGGCAUCGCCCGUCUGCUGGCCCUGCGCUGCCAGGGCCUGAUCUCCCUGGACCUGCGCGGCUGCAGCCGGCUCAGUCCCGCGGCGCUGGAGUCGGUGGUGUCGGCACUGCCGCGGCUGCAGCGCCUGGUGCUGGCAGGCACACAGGCAGAUGAGCGGGUGCUGUCGGCGCUGGGCCGCGGCUGCCAUGAGCUGCGGGAGCUGGAUGUGUCCCACUGCCGGAACCUGGAUCCCCGAGCCCUCCGCUCCUUGGCCUUCGACCCCCGGCACCGGCGCCGGUGCUGCCCCAUGCUGCGGGUGCUGCUGGCACGCGGUCUGGAGCUGAUGGGGGAUGGCGGCACAGCACCGGCACCGGCAUCAGCGCUGGCCUUCCUGCUGCUGGCACUGCCAAGCCUGCAGUUCCUGGCACACGGUGCUGUGCCCGACGCCCUCCGCCUGCUGCACGAGCAGGACCUGGCUGGUGCAGAGGACACCGAUGGGUUCCCGUCGCUGCAGGAGGCAGUGCGGUGGUGUGGGGCAGUGCCAGGCGGGCACCGGCUCACGCUGCCCCUGCGGCACGUGGAGGACGUGGAGGAGCAGGACUUGGCUGUGGUCAGAGCCAUGUGCCCGCAGGCCGAGGAGGCUGUUGUGUGGCUGAGCGACGGCACCGGCACCGCGGAGCUGCGGCGCUGGAGCUCCCUGUGCCGGCUGACGCUCGGCUGUGCCGAGGGCCGGGCGCUGGCGGCGCCGGUGCCGGUGCUGCAGAGCCUGGGCCCGCAGCUGCACAGCCUGACCCUGCACGGCUUCUGCUGCCACGAUGGGCAGGCCCUGACCGCGGUGCUGGCCGCGUGCCCCGGGCUGAGGGCAUUCAAUGCUGACCUGCACCUACCGCCGGACACCGGCACCGAGGAGCCGGAUGAGGACCCACCGCCCCACAGCACAGACCCCCUGCCCCACGGCUGCCCCCAGCUCCACACCUUCUCCUUGGCGCUGGUUGGUGGCACCGGCUCCGGGCUGGCGCUGGGCACCACACUGAGCCCGGUGCUGACCUCACUGCUGUGCCAUGCACUGCGCCUGCAGCGCCUGCGCCUGCUCUCCAUCCCCUUCCCGUUGGAUCCGGUGUUCCAUGCGGCGCUGGCGGCACCGGGGCCGCCGCUGCAGGAGCUGCAGGAGCUGAGCCUGGCCGGGAGCCGCGUGUCCGGCCGCACCGUGCGCCUGCUGCUGGCAUCCCACAGCCGCCUGCACCGCAUGGACCUGAGCCGGUGCCAGGACAUCCACCGGCGAGACUACGACGGCUUCAUGCAGAGCGUGAGGAAGCAGCACCUGGAGCUGGACAUCACCUGGGAAUAGCGGUUAUGGCAACACCGCCUUUAAUAAAGCAGUUGUGCCGCCGACGGUGGCACCGUCGUGGUGACUGUUUUGGCACAAUGA